CCUAUGAUCAUCAUACCUGUAGCCGGCGCCUUUUUUUUAAAAUUUUCACUUGUGUGGAAGGAUAGCUUGAUAUGCUUGUCAAGAAUUUCAAGGAAAUUCUAACACCAAAGUACCAGUACCCAUCUGCCGAUCCAUGACCAAGGGCAAGAACAGGAAGAUGACGAGGGCCCGAAUUUUUCUUUCGUUUCUUCUGGUUGGUCUGCAUUUAGUACCGGCUAUUUCCGGGAGGAAGCUCGCACAAACUGAAACCGGGGAGAGCAACAGCAAGACCACAAUCUUCGAGUUGUUACCGAAGAAAUGCAAUCACACCAAUGAAUUUGCUCCGGAAUGGGCGAAGGACAAGAUUCCAGUGGUUCUUUCUUUUUUUUCCUGGUGUUUCUUUCGAUUCUGUCCCUUGUUUUCGCCGCUGCUACUCUAGCUGCAGCCAGGAUAAGCAUGAGAUCAUAAAGAAAUAUGAAAAUGCUGGCACCUAUUAAAUUAAAGGGUCAAACACAAUCAAUGAAUGAAAAAUCAUCUCACUUCAACUUGUACACAGUUUGCUCUGAAGCAUAUCCUGGCGGCGCGAAGGAAUCAGGAAUCCCUGGAUGAGACACCGACGCUGGUGUGGGUCCGUCGAAUCUGCACCUUUUCGAGCAUCUUCUUCCUCAUGCUUUUGUGGUGCAUUGCAGCUCCCGAGCGGUUCUCCACGGGGCUCUACAAAUUCGUCCUGGACUACGAGAGAGAAAAAAUGAACAUCACUUUUGAUAGUGAAAGACGCGUCCAUCAUUUCCAUGCAUUUAUUGAUUUGACAAUGAAGCAGCCCCGAGCUCGAGGGCGACGUGGUAGAGAUCGGGCGACGUCGAGAACAGCACCAUAGGCAUAGCUCAUGCAGAUCAUGUGACCACAUUGCUCAUCUAUCAUCAUCACGAUGAAAUCCUCUGUACUAGAUGAGACACCCAAAAAUACCGACGUGGAAUCUUGUUCAUCAAUGGCAUUGAACAAGAUUCCACGAGGUGUUGAUGACAUGAUGGAAGUCACUAUCGAUAAUAUUUUUCCAUUUGACACGCAUAACGAGAAGACCAAGGUGGACCUGACAAUCCUGGCGCCGCUGGAGACCCGCAAGGAACGGGCCAUCAAGAGCCGUCCCGUGGCGCAUCUGUCCGGUAGCCGAGUGCAGCCCAGGAGCGAGGAUGGAGAAGAAGAAGCCAUUUCGCGGAGCAGGGCGUCGAAAAAGCGGGCUGCAAACGACGGUAAGUCCAAUUUAAGUUUUUCUCUAGUCCUAUUCGCUUUUUCAGGAACGGUUUGCGUAUUGUCAGCGUAUUAUUUCCGGAAAGAAAAAAAUGUUGAAAAAGAAAAACCGGAUAAUUGUAAUUCAUCAAAUAAUUCAACAAAACUUUCUUUAGAAAAAAAUGAAAAAUCAAAACUCAAUAACAGACGCCAUCUCGUCGAAAAGCGUCGACUAAUCUCGGAGCAAUGUCGACUGUGA